GUAUAUGCCUUGUUGACCUGAUAGAGCAUCGCAAGGGAGGUUAGCGCACCGUCGCAUCAGCUGGGAGAUGGUGUGGGUGAAGACGUUCUGUGGAUGCGUUUCCACCAGGAAAGGGUCCAUCGUGAUUGCGACCAUUGCCCUCGCACUGGCGAUCCCGUCGUUGCUUCUUCUCGGUAUAGACCUUCGUAGUUACCUUGCUUAUGCACAUAGCAAUGGCUUCGAUGGUUCUCAACUUCGGACCUACAAAGCGAUCAUGAUCACAGCGAUUUCUCUCUUGGCCACCUAUGCUAUCAGCUCUUUCAUUCUCAUGAUUGCCGCGGAAAAGAACUUGAGAACGAUGCACCUGCCAUGGCUCCUUCUUCACCCUUUGAUCACCGGCGUUGUCAUGGCCCUGCUGACUUAUGUUGCGUGGCUCAUCGGAUAUGAUUACUCCAUGUCAGCGGCGAGAAGGAUCUAUACAGUUCUCCUGGUCUUCAGUAUCUUCAUUUCCUUCUGGAUCAUGAUUUACCUCUGGGUGGUCGUGAUGAGCAACUACCAGAGGCUGGAAAGCGUGCCCGACAGUUAUGCAACCCCCCUCAUCCAGACCGAUGAAUGGCACCACCUCGGGGAUGGCUGGCAGAGGAGACAAGAUCAGUACCGCUAUGACGAUGGCAAUGGAUCCCGCUUCGGGGUUGGCGCGGUCAUAGGCAUGACACUCCUCAGCACAGAGAUCCGCCGGAUUGCGAAGCCGGUCGCAGACGGAACGACGAGAGAGAACGCUGGAAGUGGACCAGUGAGUCCGCAGCGAGGAACCGGGUUCACGAGUGAGCGAGGAAUGAGUUCAUCGGGAGGCAUGGAAUUCAUCAUGAGCAAGAUAUACAAGGGGAUCAUCAUUACAACCUUGGUGUUGACGAUCCUUCAUGCUCUCAGUUCCUUCGUCCUCAUUCUUGCUGCUGAAAUCAACCUGAGGUGUUUGUACUGGCCGUGGCUGGUCCUGCAUCCUCUGCUCAUGAUGGCGCUGAUGGUCCUUUUGGGAUACUCGUAUUACGCUGCUCCUUUCGAUGGCUACCCUCUUGUUUUCGUCAUUGUCAUUUUCACUCUCUUCUAUCUCGUGGUGGUGAAAAAUUACGUGAGGCUGGGAAGGACCAAAACGGACGACGCCGAAUCCUUGCUCGAAGACACGGAGCGCCCUCGCAGGCACCAUCAGCGGAUGAGAACGGCGAGAGGCAAGAGGCCCUGGGAUGCGAUGCUUCCUGCGGGGAGAUCCUCCACGCCCCCGCCCGAAUACUCGGACUGAUGACGGUUGAUGUGAAUGGGCACGGAGGCAAUUGGCAUGGAUCACUUCAAUAGCGUACGCUGUUCUCGCAUCAUGUGAAUAACUACACGAGACGUACAUUCACAACUUUCACAAGACAAUGCACUUUCUGUCAUGUUUUUGAGUGUUUCUGAAGUACGUUUCUUCCCUCUAU